AAGAAAUUUUCUAUCUUAGUUAAAAAAAAAAAAAAAAAAAACGGAGGCAGCUGAAACCUAAAAGUAGAAGAGAGAUGGAAGAGGAUAAGGGAGCAACAAUUCUGGUGACGAACGACGACGGAAUCGAUGCUCCUGGCUUGCGAGCUUUGGUUCACUCUCUUGUCGCCACCAAUCUCUUCAAAAUUCAAGUUUGCGCUCCUGAUAGUGAGAAGUCAGCAGUUAGCCACAGCAUCACUUGGCUCCACCCGAUAGCUGCAAAGCAAGUACACAUUGACGGAACCACCGCCUUCGCCGUCUCCGGGACUCCUGCUGAUUGUACUUCGCUCGGAAUUUCAAAAGCACUCUUUCCUACGGUACCUGAUCUGGUAGUCAGUGGCAUAAACAAGGGUAGCAACUGUGGCUAUCACAUUGUUUACUCGGGCACUGUAGCAGGAGCUCGCGAGGCUUUUUUCAAUGGUAUACCUGCUAUCUCUGUUUCAUAUGACUGGGUUAAGGGAAAGAGUAAUGUACAUGACUUCACUCUUGCUGCACAAGCAUGCGUACCUAUCAUAAGUGCUGUACUGGUUGAGAUAAAGAACCAAAGCUUCCCUCAAAGAUGUUUCUUGAAUAUAGAUGUGCCAAACAAUGCUGCUAAUCAUAAGGGUUACAAGCUGACUAAGCAGGGUAAUAGUAUUGUAAGAAUGGGAUGGAAGCAGGUCACCUCUGAGACAGAAGAACGAAAAAUGUCAUCUGAUAUGACCAAUAUAGAUACAGAAACACCUAAGGAUACUCGCACAUCAUCUGUAUCAUCAGAACAACUUUUAUUUGCGAGAGAGGUAAGAGGUUAUGUACUUGAUCAUGAGGAUACAGAUCACAAAUCUCUACAGGAAGGAUAUAUUACUGUGACUCCCCUUGCUGCUCUCUCACCAGCGGAGGUCGAUUGUCAGGCCUAUUUUAGAGAAUGGCUACAAAGUGUCACUGAACUCCCCUCUUCAUCAGCUUUAUAAUCCUGUAAGAUCUGUCAUGUAUUUGUAGUGUAUAUGACAGCUUCUAUUGAAAUAUAUACCUAGCAAUUGUUGCAUUUACAUUUUCAGCAUCCUUGCUGGUCAAGAAUGAAGAUGAUUCUUCUGAUUUGAAUGGAAAAUUUAGCCAGUGUUAUGUAAUGUGUUUAAUAAAAUAACUGAAACUGGCAUUUGAGAAUGCCGUGCCAAGCUGUUAAAAGUGAUAAAAACUUCUAAGCCAGCAUUUACUUGAUAAUCUCUAAAUUGCAAUCCUAUAUUACCCUUUA